AUGCCUGCCGCCGUCAAACCCUUGGACUUUUCUACAUUCCACAAUGUAAUCAAUAAUGAAUUGACGACAACGUCUGAAACACGGCACGGUAUUAACCCGGCCAAUACUAAGCCCAACCCGCCCGUACCUGUUUCGACCCAGGAUGAUCUCGAUAAGGCUGUCAAGGCGGCUCGAGACGCUUUCAAGGGAUGGGCAAAAACGUCCUUUGAUGAGCGGCGCAAAGCGCUGCAUGCCUAUGCGGAUGCCAUUCAAGCUAACAUCGACGGAUUUGCCCAAAUCCUUACAAUGGAGCAAGGCAAACCCUUAACUCAAGCAUCAACCGAGAUCGAAAUGGCCGGUGUGUGGAUUCGAGGCUUGGCUUCAAUUGAGAUCACGGACAAUGUCCUCCAGGAGACCGAAGAUCUGAAGAUCAUUCAACGCUACACACCCCUUGGCGUGGUGGGCGCGAUCGUACCCUGGAAUUAUCCAGUCCUCUUGGCCAUUGGGAAGAUAGCGGCUGCUGUCUACACGGGAAAUUCUGUCAUCGUCAAGCCAUCUCCUUUCACGCCGUACUGCGACUUGAAAUUGGCCGAGCUCGCUGCCAGCUUCUUCCCUCCCGGUUUGGUCCAAUGCUUGAGCGGCGAUGAAUCUCUCGGCCCGAUGUUCACCGAGCACCCUGGUAUUGAUAAGAUCAGCUUUACUGGCUCUAUUCCCACAGGAAAACGGGUAAUGGCUGCGUGCGCCAAAACUCUCAAGCGAGUCACACUCGAGCUCGGCGGCAAUGACCCAGCGAUUAUCUGCGAGGAUGUUGAUAUCGAUGCCAUUAUCCCCAAAAUUGGCCUUAAAUCCUAUCUCUGCUCUUCACAAAUUUGCAUGAUGAUCAAGCGACUCUAUGUCCACGAAAAAAUCUAUGACGCGUUCUUGGCCAAAUUAGUCACCUUUGUGAAGACGCUAAAAGUCGGCGCUGGUACCGAGCCAGAUGUCUUCUUGGGACCGGUCCAAAAUCAGAUGCAGUUCAAUAAGGCCAAAGAUCUGUUCAAUAGCAUUUCUACCGAGAACCUGAAACCCGCGCUUGGGGGCUCGAUCGAGGACUCUGUCGGGUACUAUAUCCACCCGACCAUCAUCGAUAACCCUCCAGAGACAUCCCGGGUUGUGCAAGAAGAGCCAUUUGCUCCCAUCCUGCCAGUCCUGAAAUGGUCUGACGAGGAUGACGUUCUUGAGCGUGCGAAUGCUCUGGAAACCGGACUGGGUUCUUCUGUCUGGAGCAAGGACUUCGAACGCGCAACUCGGAUGGCAAAUCAACUUCAGUCCGGGAGCGUGUGGGUCAACAGUCACUUCGAUGUGUCGCCGACUACACCCUUCGGUGGCCACAAGCAGAGUGGCUUGGGUGUGGAGUGGGGUCUUGCUGGUCUCCUUGGAUACUGUAACUCUCAGACUCAGUGGCUCAAGAAGAGCUUCUAG